CAAUCCUUUGCGGUGGUUCAAGAUGGCGGCGCCCAGUGGCAAUAUGAGCGAUUCGGAAAGCAGCAGCAGCAGUAGCGAUGCGGAGGAGCUGGAGCGGUGCCGCGAGGCGGCAGUGCCGGCCUGGGGUUUGGAGCAACGCUCGCACGGGGAAGUAAAGCCAAGAGCCGGUGCUGCAAAUAACCAGUUGUCAACCUCCCAACCGAGCCUCAGGCAUAAGGUGGAUGAGCAUGAACAAGAUGGCAACGAGCUUCAGACCACCCCUGAAUUCCGAGCCCACGUAGCCAAGAAGCUGGGAGCCCUGCUGGACAGCUUCAUUACCAUCUCAGAAGCAGCAAAGGAGCCAACAAAAGCUAAGGUACAGAAAGUCGCUUCAGAGGAUGAUGGCUGUGAGAAGGAAGAGUCUCCCCAACCCCGCCGAAAGCGACAGCCCUCCAGCUCCAGCAGUGAGGACGGUGAUGAGGAGUGGCGGCGGUGCCGGGAGGCAGCUGUGUCGGCGUCCGACAUCCUGCAGGAGUCAGCCAUCCACAGCCCUGGCACGGUGGAGAAGGAGGUAAAGAAGACAAGGAAGCUGAAAAAGAAAGCCAAGAAGGUGGCCGGCGUCGACUCGGCUGUAGCCACCCCCACCCCCGGCCCCACCAGCACAGCCACAGUCCAGAAGCAGAAGUCAGGUGAGCUCAGUGGGGACCAGGUGUCGCUUGGGACUCAAAAGAAGAAAAAGAAGAAAAAGGCAAAGAAGGCCAGCGAGGCCUCUCCAUUCCCACCAGCAAAGAGUGCCACAGCUGUGCCUGCAAAUUGAACCCAGCCAUGGGCACAGGGCUCAGCUGGCUCCAAGGACAAGGUGCCCCCCUGGGGACAAGGCAUUUCCAGGCCCCACCUCCCUCUCCAAGUUCAAGGACUGGGCUGGCAAACCCAGACUGCCCAUGAGACCCUGAUGGUGAUGAGGGCUUGCCUGAGAGUUGAGCCAAAAAAGUGGCUGUAGGGUGAGAAGCCCAAGCAAGGCCUGCCCCUCUGUGCUCCCAUGGAGGGCUGGGGGCAGGGGGUGGGGGGGAGGCCUAUGGUUCCAGAACAUUCCAUGGCCUCAGGAAAAAAGGAGCCUUCCAGUUAUUUGAGACUAGUGGCCAAGUGGUGAAACCUCCACCUCCCUAGAACUGUCUGAGGUGGGCAGGGGAAGGGAGACCUUCCCCACCACCUCUUUAGCCUGGUAUGAGAAACAGUUUUUAGAAAAUGAGAGAAGGGAUCCCCAAGAGGCCAAGGCCCAGAGAAAGUUUGGUUCUUCUCUCCUUAGCCCCUAUAGACUUCAUGGAAUUGUCUGAAAAAGGAGAGCUUUUCACCCCUGGCUUUCUAGAAUUUUCUUUGUCUGCAUUUGUGAAUAUACCACACAUGAUGGUGUCUCUGAGCCGACCAGAUUAUGGAAACUCAAUUGUCAGAGGACCCAAAACAAAACUUAGAGUGAUUUGGGUAUUGCCUGUCAAUGCUGAACCUUGAGACGUUUUAAAUACAACACAAAUCUCUAUACUCCCAGGAUUUGUGCAUUCACCCCACCCAAGACUUCAGGAAGUGUCAGCACUCGUGGACUAGGUGUCAUGUGACAAAGGCAUUCUGCAAGAAGUAGAAGCUUGUGACCAGGUGCAGUGGCUCACGCCUAUAAUCCCAGCACUUUGGGAGGCCAAGAAGGGUGGAUCAUUUGAGACCAGGAGUUUGAGACCAGCCUGGCCAACAUGGCGAGACCCCGUCUCUACUAAAAAUACAAAAAUUAGCUGAGCAUGUUGGCACACGCCCGUAAUCCCAGCUACUCAGGAGGCUGAGGCGGGAGAAUCACUUGAACCCAGGAGGUAGAGGUUGCAGUGAGCUGAGAUUGCGCCACUGCACUCCAGCCUAGGCAACAGAGUGAGACUCUAUCUCAACAACAACAAAAAAAGGUAGAAGCUCAUGGCCAGGCACGGUGGCUCAUACCUGUAAUCCCAGCACUUUGGGAGGCCGAGGCAGGUGGAUCACUUGAGCCGAGUUCCAGACCAGCCUGGGCAACAUGGUGAAACCUCGUCUCUAUUAAAAAAAAAAAAAAAAUACAAAAAUUAGUUGGGCAUGGUAGUGAGCGCCUGUGGUCCCAGCUGCUUGUGAGGCUGAGGUGGGAGGAUCCCUUGAGCCCAGGAGGUCAAGGCUGCAGUGAGCCGUAUAAUGCCACUGCAGUCCAGCCUGGGUGACAGUGAGACCCUGUCUCCAAAACGAAAUUGUUUUUUAAAGUAGAAGCUUGAGGUUAAGAUGAAAUCUGGCUUCGUCAUUCGAGUCUCAGCAGAGCCAGAAAAGCAGAGACGUGGGGUGUGAGAGCGUGGGUGCAGGAGCGCAUCUCCUCUUCGCAGACCCCGGGCCUGCCCCAGCCUCCCUCUGCCUGCCCAAACCCCGUCUGAAUGAUUUGUGGACAAGCAAGAAAUUACCACCACAUUUCUCCUUGACUUUACUAAAAGUUAAAUAAACGUGCCGCUCACCCGAGCUGGCUACAA